UGACGAAGAGAACGCCGUAUCCUAGUCCACAGGCAUCGCCUAUGUUUGAUAAUUCCCUUUGGCUGCAUCACGAUGGAGCAGGUGCUAUGAAUGCGGUUCACUUAGAGCAUAGAUCUUUCCCCUCGAUUCACUCCUCACCUCAGUCGUUACUCUCAUUGAUAGAGUUUCACGCAUCCCAAGUGGCCAAGUAUAGAGAGUUAUACAAGUCUUCGCAGGUUGAGUUGACGCUUGAAAGAGCAGCAAAGAGGAAGUCAGAGGAUGAGGUCGACAGAGAGAGGGCUAUGAGGAGGAAACUCGAGGAUCAGGUUUGGGAGAUGAAGACGAACGAGAAGUCAUCGUUCUGAGGGUGGUAAGCUCGGAGAUGGGGUCAACGACUUGGACAGUCUUUUUUUCCGAAUGGGCUCGCGCUGGUGCGGGCGCCAGUAGUUCGUCCUUGGGGAUUUCUUUGUA